GCUUAGACGUCAGUAAUUAGUCAUUCAUUUUGUUCUCCUCUCACUGGCUCUCAUUAUAUUAUGGAAAUGCUUGUAUACGACGUAAAUUAUUGUAAUAAUAAGAGUUUUAUCUAUCACAAAUAACGCACGUCGCGACUUCGAAGCACCAACGUAUUUUCAAGAAAAUGUCACCUACCUUAUUGUUCCUUUACUGCUACUAUAAACAAAGAGGUUACACUCUAUCGGAUGGAACUCAGCUGCAGUGAUAACCUCUGUGAGCUCCUCCAUGUUUGUUGGUUUGAUGUCGACAAUGUUGAAACUCUGGUCGGUAAUUUCUAAAUGCCACAAGUUGAUCCGGAGAUCGUCCGCGGAAAGGAAAACAAGGAAUUAGCCAACAUUAAUUUGGAUACUGUAAGCCUACUGGAUCAAAAGAAAAUUUUAAAGUGUUCUAACAGUUCUAAAAACUCGAGGAAGGUAGAGAAAGUGAGUGUAUCCAAAACUGAUAUAUAGUCAGGAAAACAUAAUUUGAAAAAACACAAAAAACAGUAAAAGAAAAACAAAGAAGUGCAAUAAUGAUACGAAUUAGUCCAAAAACAAGAAACAAAAUCUCAUCAAGGAUUCUUCUACUCUGUUGCUUGUUACCGAGUGUGCCGACUAUGAGAAGUCACCAGUUUGAAUUUGUUUUCAUUUUUUAUUACAA